AUGGACCGCGACGAGGAGAUGGGCCACGGCGACCGGUCGCUGCUGUUCAUCGGCGACGAGGACGACGACCUCGUCGCAGACCGGGACGGCGGCUCCCCGCCGACCUCCUCCGACGAGGGAUCCUUUUCCGAUAGGAGCGACGACGAGGCCCGCGCCGGCCGUGGCGGGCGCCGCGGCGGCGACGAGCGCGACGACGACGCGCCCGACGACGGCCCGAAGGGCGCGUGGCCGCAGAGUUACAGGCAGUCGAUCGACAUGAUGAGCGCGGUGCCGUCGCCGAGGGUGAACACGCUCAUGGCAGCGAGCCCGAGCCUCACCAGGUUCGGCAGCUCCUUCCUCAAGGCCGGGAGCUCCUUCUUCCUCAGGAAGGGCGACGGCUCGGGGCUGCCGCUCACCAGGCCGCUGCUGCCGCCCUCGCUCUCGCAGCUGUCGCAGUCGUCGCUGCACCCGCAGCAGCCACCGCCCGUGAAGCAGUCCACGGACGGCAUCGCCCAGCCGCCGCGGCCCCCUCCGGCUGGGCACGAGGCCGAGUUGCCCGAGAGGCCGUCCAGGGCCUGCCUGAAAUCCGAUUACAUCGAGCUUCCUCCGCCUGCUAGCAAGUGCAGCAGGAGCCAGUCAAUCAUCAAUGUAGCUGAAACUCUGAAAUCAGCUGCAGACUCGUGCUACACGGGCUUGCUUCUGAAGAGAUGCAUAGACAGUUCGCCCAACAUUGAGACAUACCCAGAUAUUGGACAAGUUGCUUUCGGUAUUUUCGGUCGAAUCUUUGUAUCGGUUAUUCUUUACCUGGAGCUUUAUGCAAGCUGUGUGGAGUACAUCACGCUGCUAGGAGACAGCUUGUCAUCAGUGUUUCCCUCAGCACAUUUAGCUUUUACCGGCAUCGACCUGAACGCACACAAUCUCUUUGCAAUCACAAUGGCCUUGGCAAUUCUCCCAUCAGUGUGGCUCAGGAACCUCAGUCUCCUCUCAUAUCUUUCUGCUGGAGGUGUGAUCGCGACAAUUACAGUCAUCGUCUGCCUAUUCUGGGUUGGCAUUGGAGAAGGAAUUGGGUUUCACUUUUCUGGUCCUGUAGUGAACGUGACCCACCUUCCGGUGGCACUUGGCCUGUAUGGAUACUGCUAUUCAGGACACUCGGUUUUUCCAAACAUAUAUUCGUCCAUGAAGGAGCGCUCGCAGUUUCCAUUUGUGCUCCUGUUCUGCUUCACAGUGGUAACACUUGUUUAUGCUGGAGUUGCGGUCUCAGGGUUUCUGAUGUUUGGCGAGUCCACUAUGUCACAGUUCACUCUGAACUUGCCACAACAGUACAUCCCAUCGAAAAUUGCCAUUUGGAUGACGGUUGUGAAUCCAUACACAAAGUAUGCAUUGACAAUGACCCCAGUCGCCUUGUCUAUAGAGGAAGCCCUACCAAAGAAGAUGCAGAGUUACCUGGUUGGAAUGUCUGUUAGGACAUGCCUCGUCUUCUCAACUGUUGCGGUGGCUCUGCUUUUUCCUUAUUUUGCCCUGGUGAUGGCAUUGCUUGGAUCUGUCUUCACAAUGCUUGUGGCUUUGAUACUCCCAUGUGCAUGCUAUCUCUCCAUCAAGAAGGGCGCAGUACCUUUGUGGGAGAUCAUCCUCUGCAUAAUCAUCAUAAUGAUUGGCGUCGUAUGUGCAUGCAUCGGGUCAUAUACCUCGAUCAACCGGAUGAUUAGCAGCAGAUAG